AACAUGGCGCGGUGCUGAGAGGAACAUGUGUGUGUGAAUGAAGGAACAACUCCACAGUAUUGAUCUAGUAUAAUCAUCAGAAACAUUUCGUUUAAAGCAUGGCAUCUUUGGAAGAGGAUUUUCCCCGUGGUGGCCUAGUUAGGAAGUCUUCAGAGUCAAAAGCAUCUAAACAUGAGAAGCCUCAUGUGGAGGUGGACAAUCUGUUUGAGGUUCGAGAACCAGCUGUGAAAAAGAAGAAGUCUUCUCAUAAACAGGAUGGUGACAAAGUGACCAAAAAACCGAGAACUGAAGGUGGUCUGAAGCUUAACACAACUACUAAUGUGGAUAUCCUACAUACCAAGAAUUUGAAAGUGGGCACUCUAAUGCUCGGCUGUGUGAAAGAGGUCUCAGACUUUGAGGUUGUCCUCGGCCUCCCGAGUGGCCUCAAGGGCUUCCUUCCCAUCUCCAAUAUCUGCGACGCGUACACUAAGAUCCUUGGUGAAUCGCUAGACUCCGGCACUGAUCUAGAGGACGUUGUCUCCCUCUCCUACCUGUUGACUCCAGGUCUGCUGGUGAGAUGUGUGGUGUCAUCAUUGGAAUUAUCCAAAGAGGGCUUUCUCAGUCUCAAAGUCUCCAUCAACCCUAAAGCUGUGAACAAAGAGUUCAGUUCCAGCUCUCUGAAACCAGGCAUGACUCUCAGUGGAUGCGUAGAGAGUGUUGAGGAUCACGGUUUCCUGGUCGACAUUGGAGUCAGUGGAACCAAAGCUUUUCUCCCCAAAGAGAAAACAAAGAACGAAGCCAAGUCACCCAAAAUAGAUCUGAAAGUUGGCCAGUAUGUGACUGCAGUACUAGAGGAGGUGAAGAACGAGGGGCGGGUGGUGCGUCUGUCCGUGGACCCAGCGGCUGUUAAUCAGGCCUAUGCUGACACCCAGCAUGGCUGGACACUAGGCAAUCUUACACCUGGACUUCUGGUUAAAACAACUGUACAAAAGGUGACUCCUCAUGGCCUGAUUGUAACAUUCCUCUCAUCUUUCACUGGUGUGGUGGACUUCAUGCACAUUGACCCCGACAAAGCGGUCGCAUACAACAUUGGGGAUGAGGUGAAGGCUCGUAUUCUUUAUGUGGACUCUUCCUCUCGUCUGGUGGGUCUUUCUGUGCGCAGCCACCUUCUGCCCUCGCUGGACAACAUGCUGGAGAAUGUAACAAGUGAGCGUGUAGGGGAGGUCCUGCAAGGUUGCAAGAUGGUAACCGUACAUCAUUACUCUGGAGCCAUAAUGGAGCUGCCGGACGGAACCAGCGCCUUUGUGCACAAAACCCAACUUAUGGAGCACAGUAAAGAGUUCAACCCUAACAGACUGCUGGCCCAGCCUGAACACAAACUGAGAAUCAUCGACUACAGCCCCAUGGAGCAAAUCUACAUGGCCACACUGCGCAAGAAAACGAUUGAAGCAAUGUUCUUCAGCUAUCAAGAUAUUAAACCAGGAGCCAUCGUUGAGUGCUCUGUACAGAGGCUGGAGAGGUACGGUAUGCAUGUGAAGAUUUCGGACCACAUUAAGGGCCUCGUUCCCAGAAUUCAUCUUGCUGAUGUCAUCCUCAACAACCCUGAGAAGAAGUUUAAGCAGGGAUUCAGGGUCAAGUGCAGGGUUUUAUCAGUGGACCUGGCACACAGAAAGAUCAUUUUAACCAAGAAGAAGGCCCUUUUGGAGACUCCGCUCCCUCUCUUCCUCACUUAUGCAGACGCCCGGGUCGGCCUCGUCUCCCACGGCUUCAUCGUCUGCAUCAAAGACUUCGGCUGCGUUGUGAGGUUUUUCGGCGAAGUCAAGGGCCUGGUGCCGACGCAGGAGCUGACCAUGGAGCCAACGCUGAACCCGCAGAGUCUCUUUUAUGUUGGACAGGUUGUUAAAGCCAAAGUGUUGAAAUGUGACCCUGAAAACGAAAGACUGCUCCUCUCCUUAAAAGCAGUGACUCGUGGAGAUAUCGAGAGUAUCCAGAGUGCAAAGUUCGAUUUUGAAAUUGGAAAGAAAGUGGAAGUGAGGGUGCUCAAUAAAAACCAGACUGGUCUAGAGGUGUCCAUUCUUCCAGAGGAGGUCCCUGCUAUUCUACCCACGGUGCACCUCUCUGACCAUGUGACCAACAGUCCUCUGCUGUGGGAAAGCAUAGAGGAGGGAGAUACCAUCUCUAAUGUUAUGUGUCUCAGCAAGAACAAACAAAGAAUCGCUCUCAGUAAGAAGCCGUUGCUGACAGCGGCUUUGGAAGCAGGAAACUUGGUCUCGUCUUUCUCCGAGCUGGAGGUGGGGAUGGUGAUGGUUGGCUGGGUGAAGAGCAUCAUGCCCUACGGCGUCUUUGUUGACUUUCCUCAUGGUCUGUUUGGCCUCGUGCCUAAAUCUGCCAUGAGUGAUAGGUUCAUCACAGAGACAGUUGGGGUGUUUGAAAUAGGACAGACGGUGCUGGCCAAGAUAACCAACCUGGACCAGGAGAAGCGCAGGUUCCUGAUCAGCCUAAAGGUGUCGGAGGUGAGCUGGGAAGGAAGUGAGGCCCAGGCCAGACUGAUCCAGGGUCAGCGUGAAAGGAGAACUUUGUGCGAUAUGAGGAUCUCAAGAGGUGAUUCAGAUUUGCUACCGCAACUGUCAGUGUCAUUAGGAGAUAAACUCAAGGUGACCGUCGGAGAGGUCAGAGAGGACGGCUCAGUAACCCUGAUCUCAGAUCAGCUCUGUGAUGUUACCUUGGUGGCCUCCAAGUACCACUCAGCAGAUGUCGACACCACUCCGGACAGCCAGGUCAAUGCCGUGGUGCUGCACGUGGAUCUUUUGACCUCUGAGGUGCAUGUGUCCCUCUUGAAUAAACUUACAGGGAAGAGGAAAAAGUUGAAGGAAGGCUCUCAGCACACCGCGACUGUCCAGUUUGCAGACAAAGACUUUGCCGUCGUGUCACUGGGUGACGCCGGUCACCUGACCGUAGUCCCUGUGACCACUCAUCCGAACGAAACAUUCCGUUUUGAAUCAGAACAGCUGUCUGUGGGUCGAGACUUGGCUGUGACUGUUAUCGAGCCUAACAGCGAACAUUUGGGUGGACGAGCUCUCGUAAAUUGGCAGCUUGUAACGGCCAAACGCGAACGCAGAACGUCUGAGUGCAAAGGUGAAAAACACACACACAAGGUAGGAGACUUGGUAACCGCGCUGGUCAGGUCGGUCAAACCCGCAUGUGUGCUGGUGACUUUACCGGACGGGAUCACGGGGACGGUGCACGUGUCCCAGAUUUCUGAAUCACCCAAAGUGGGAAGCUUUCCUACUUCAUCGCUGAAGGCUGGAACUGAAGUAAAGGGAAGAGUCAUUGGUGGUCGAGAGGUCCGCAGCCACAAGUAUCUCCCCAUCACACAUCCCAACUUUGUGUUCACUUCACCUGAACUUACACUUCUCCCAAGUAAACUGCUGGAUGGGGAGAAUUUGUUCUCACUGGAAAAUGAACCCAAACUGGAGGACUAUAAACCUGGAGAGGAACUCGUGUGUUAUGUAUCAAAAUAUGUGCCAGAGGCUAAAUGUCUAGAGCUUGCUGUGUCUCCGAAUGUCACUGGAUCUGUAGAGCUGCUGGCUAUGAUCAGUAAACCGCGGGAAGCCGUUCACCCACAAAAGCUCUUUAAGCUCGGUCAGUGUGUCUCUGCUAAGGUUGUUGGAGUCUGUACCAAACAGCCACAGCGCCUCAGGCUUUCCCUUACAGGUAUGCACACUCUUGAACAGGGGGUUGUUACCAUGGGGAUGGUGUCGAAAAUCUGCCCCUACAAGGGCCUGAUUCUGAAACUGCCAUUUAGGAAUUUUGGCUCGGCUUCUAUAACUGAUCUGUCUGACACCUACACUGAGAAUCCACUGCAGCAGUACAAAGAAGGCCAGGUGGUCAGAUGCUGUGUUAUCGGGGAGGAAGGUGGAAAGUUCCACAUGUCUCUGCGUCUGUCCAGAAUCCAUGCUGGGAAGAACAUGCCAGUCAAAGACGCAGAAAUCAAUUCUGUCUCAGACCUUGAAGAGGGACAGAUUAUCCAAGGCUAUGUGAAGAACGUUGGACAAAAUGGUAUAUUCAUGAGGUUAUCGAGAACGAUUACGGGAAGAGUCCUGUUCCAGCACUCCACUAACUUCUUUGUGAAUGACCCUGACAUGUUCUCAGAGCACAUCUCCCAGAAUGCACUGCUCACCACCAAAGUACUCCAUGUUGACACAAAGACUGGCCAUGUGGACCUUUCAUUGCUUCCAGAGGACACCGGAAAAGCCGACAUUCUCCCAGAAUCCCUCAACCUUCAACUACGGCUAAAAGGAAAGGAGAAAGAGAAGUACGAUAAGAAGAACACAGGCCGGAAGCGCAAGAUGUCCGAGAGCAAACAGGAGGAAGCUGAGCAAAUGAAGAAAGCAAAGAAAGAAGAAAACAAAUUACCUAAGAAAAAAGACAAGAAAAAGAAAAAGCUGAAAAAAACACAAGCUGAGGACCACGAUAGUGGAGUCGAGGUUUAUUUCAGAGAAGGGGAGACUGAUAAAACCGUGAAAAAGGGGGCAGUUACUGCAGAACCUAGCAGGCUCCAGGUAACUUCUGAGUUCUCCUGGGACACAGCACUCAGCUCUCUCAAGCCAGUCUCUGCUGUCCACGAUGACUACGGGUCCAGCGACGAUGAGCAGGACGAUCAGAACAAGACUGUGAAGAUGUCUCGCCGUGAGGUGGAGCAGGAGCGGAAGGAUGCGGAGCUGAAGCUCAGUAGACUGGAGGCGGAGCUGAUGGAACCGUCGGCGAGGCCGGAGAGUACAGAGGCGUUCGAGAGGUUGUUGCUCUCGUCCCCUGACUCGUCUCUGCUCUGGCUGCAGUACAUGGCAUUUCAGCUGCAGGCCACACAGAUCGAACAGGCUCGUGCCGUGGCUGAGAGAGCCCUCAAAACCAUUUCAUUCAGAGAGGAGCAGGAGAAGCUAAAUGUCUGGGUGGCUCUACUCAACCUGGAAAACAUGUACGGCACUGAGGAGAGUCUUCAGAAAGUCUUUGAGCGAGCCAUUCAGUACUGUGAGCCCAUGGCUGUCUACCAACAGCUGGCAGACAUCUACACCAACUCCAACAAGAUCAAGGAAGCCGAGAGCCUGUAUAAGAACAUGGUGAAGCGAUUUAGGCAGGAAAAAGCAGUUUGGCAGAGUUACGGUGCAUUCCUGCUGCGUCAGGGACAGAGCGACGCUGCCAAUGCUCUCCUCCAGAGGGCGCUGCAAAGUCUUUCCAAUAAAGAGCAUGUGGACUUGAUAGUAAAAUUUGCCCGAUUGGAGUUCCAGUAUGGCAAUGCUGAGCGAGCCAAGGCCAUGUUUGAUAAGGUGCUAAGCAGCUACCCCAAACGCACUGACUUGUGGUCUGUCUUCAUCGAUCUGAUGGUGAAACAGGGCUCACAGAAAGACGUCAGGGCUCUUUUCGAUCGUGUGAUCAACCUGAGCAUGUCUGUAAAGAAGAUCAAGUUCUUCUUUAAGCGUUUCCUGGACUACGAGAAGAAGCACGGCACACCAGAGAGCAUCCAAACAGUCAAACAGAAAGCUCUGGAGUACGUGGAGUCUAAAGGAACUGAAGCUGCAAGCUAGAACCUGUAACCUUUUUAAAUUUGAACGUUUAACUGUGAGAACAAUUCUCAUCAUCCAGCAGAUGAAAAAAGAUUCUCUUGAAUGUGUUAUAUAAAAUAGAGAUUCUACUCAAUUUAUAAUCUUUAUUCCAGAACCAGGAAAACAACUAAAACAAGGUUCAAAAAUGUAAGUUUGUACUGAUUUCAUGAACUCUGGGUUUUGUAAUGAAACUAAUAAUAAAAGGUCAGUAAAAUGGCGUACAA